AUGCGGAGAAAGCGACGAGACGAAGAAGAGCCCGGAGAGAGGACCCCAAAGAGAGUGAGGCCAGAAGGGGAGAAAAAAGGGCCGGGCACAGAGGGGAAGCAAAGGAAGGGCGCAGAGGGAGGAAAAGAGGGAGAAGAGGGAAAGGGGACACGAAAAGGGCCGAAAAGACCCACACACCGGGACGAAGGCCGGGAAAAGGGGAAGAAGGGCCGGGAGGGCACCGGGAACGGACGCAGGGAGGGCAAGAAAAAAAGGGCGGAGGGGCGAACCGCAGCCCAAGCAAAGGGGGCAGAAGGAGGACGCGAGGGGACGCGGAGGAAAGGAGAGAAAGAAGAAGGGAGGAGCGACAACAAAAAAGGAGAGAGAGGCAGGGCGGAAGGAGAAGGAGGGGGCCACAAGGCGGGAGGCAAAAAAAAAGGAGGCAGGAGCAAGAAAGGAAAGAAGAGAAAGAAGGGAGGAGGGAGAGGGGCGGAGGGGCGACAAGAGAAAAAGGCGGGAGAGGCAAAGGGAGGAAGGGAGGAGAGGCGCGACAGGGGCCGGACAAGGGCGGAAGGCAGGGGAAAAAAAAGGAGGCAGGAGCAAGAAAGGAAGGAAGAGAAAGAGGGCAGGAGGGAGAGGGGCGGGAGGGGCGCAAAGGGAAAAAGGGGACAGGCAAAGGCAGCAAGGGAGGAGAGGCACGACAGGGGCGAGGAGCGGGGGGGGGCACGAGGGGCGAAGGAAAGAGCAAAGGGAGAAGACAAAAGAAGGCGAGAGAGGGAGGGACCAAGGAGGGGAGGAAGACCAGGAAAAAAGGAAAAAAAAGAGAAGGAAGAAAGCCAACCAGAGGAACGACGGGAGAGAGGGGGGACAAAGAGAGGAGGCAAAGCACACAACAAAGGGAAGGGAGAACGACCGGCAAGGGCCGGGGGGGACAAGCAGCAGGGAGCGCGCGGAGGAGAGGAGCGGAGGGGACCAACGAAGGGAGGGAAGGAGGAACAGGGGGGAGAAAAAAGGACCGCCAAAGGAGGAAAGCAAAGGAAGGGGGCAAAGGGGGCAGGGGGAAGGGGGGGGAAAGGGGCGAAGGGAGCCGGAAGGAGAGGAGGAGCCAGGGAACGGGGCCGGGAAAGACCGGGAAGGCACCGGGAGGCGAAGGGAAGAGGAACGGCGAAGAGAGAAGGAGAAGGACACCAGGAAGCGAAGGCGAAGAGGAAAGGCGGAAGAGAACGGAACCACAAAGCCGAAGGGCGAAAGCGCCGCAAACAAGAGGAGGAGAGAGGGAAGAGGGGAGGCCCGAAGGGGAGGGGGCGCCCGGAGGGCCCGGAGGGGGGGCAACCAGACCGAGACAAGGAGGGGAGGGACAAGGAGAAGCAAGCGGGACGAGAGGAGCGGGCAGGGGAAACGGAGAAGGACCGAGGGAACCCGCACGGGCGGAGCGCAAGGGGGGAGGGGGCAGGAGGGGGAGAAGAGACCAAGGGGGGAACCGCGGCGGCGGCAGGGCGGGAAGGAGGGCCAAAGGGGGCAGAG